CCUCGACGCUUCUACUGUCACAGCAGUUCGCCCACACACUAAUAUUUUGAAUCCCUAAAAAUGAACACGGCGGCGAGGAAUGCCUGGACUUUGUUCCGACGGCCGAGUCAGGGGCUCGCCGAGUCACUGAGUCCGGCGACUCACCACCGCCACGAGCAAGUGAGAGGGAUUCGCGUGAAGGUUCUGAACGGAAACUUGGAGUGGGCGCUGACGUUUAUGCAGAGGAAGAUGCAGUCGAGUGGGAUCGAGAGGAUGAUCAAGCGCGAGCAGACCCACCACAUCAAGAACUCCGAGAAGCGCGUGUUGGCACGCAAGAACCUCGAGCGUAAGCUCAAAUCCCAAGACCUCGCCCGCAAGCUCCAGUCCAUCCUCAUCAAGAAAGUCAGAGGCCUAUGAGAUCAUUCAAACACAUUCUUGAUAGCACAUGUGUGCUUUCUCUUCUGGAAUUUCAUGGCCAAUGCAGCACCCGCUUUUCAUCUGGUUGCUUGGCAGCUUCUACUGCCACUCUAGUUUUUGUAGACGAGUAUGUUUGACUCGGGAUUUCAAAAGUUCAUGUUUCAGUUGUAAUCCUGCAUCAGUUUUGCAAUUAAGUGGUGUCUGAAGGGAUCUUAAGACA